AUGCUGGCGACCAUCGUGCUGGCGACCAUCGUGCUGGCGACCAUCGUGCUGGCGACCAUCGUGCUGGCGACCAUCGUGCUGGCGACCAUCGUGCUGGCGACCAUCGUGCCGGCGACCAUGCUGGCGACCAUGCUGGCGACCAUCAUGCUGACGACCAUCGUGCUGGCGACCAUCGUGCUGACGACCAUCGUGCUGGCGACCAUCGUGCUGGCGACCAUCGUGCUGGCGACCAUCGUGCUGGCGACCAUCGUGCUGGCGACCAUCGUGCUGGCGACCAUCGUGCUGGCGACCAUCGUGCUGGCGACCAUCGUGCUGGCGACCAUCGUGCUGGCGACCAUCGUGCUGGCGACCAUCGUGCUGGCGACCAUCGUGCUGGCGACCAUCAAGCUGGCGACCAUCGUGCUGGCGACCAUCGUGCUGGCGACCAUCGUGCUGGCGACCAACUGGGAAUACCGAGUCCGCCACCCUCGCCUCCUCCUCCUGCUGGUCUUUCGCCGCUACUUAAGUCGCCUCCAUUCCGCCAUUCACCAUCACCAACUGAGUGCUUCUCUCAGUGCUCGAAAGUCACCCAAAUCUGAUCUUUAUCGUCGUUCGCACGCGGGCGAGGACGCGGCGAGUUGGGGGCGCAAGCUGCUGGAAGCGAGCGGCGGUGACCUGGACGUGGGUGGCGAGGAGGAGGAGAUGGGGGAGGCGACGGACGGGCUGGACGAGGCGGUGCGGGUGCUGCUGAGCUGGAAGAAGAUCAAGAAUGUGGCGAAUCAGGCGGCGAAGAGCGAGGCGGGGCAGAAGGCGGGAGGGUUGGUGAAGAAUGUGGUGAAGAAGGGCGGCAAGGAGGCGCUCACGGCUGCAGUCAACGCGUUCCGCAGCGGCAAGGGCGCCAAGGGUGCCCUGCAGGCGGGCGCUGGCUCGUUCGUCAAGACCGCGAAAACGAUGAUCUAA